GGAAACAAGCUGGCCGCCUUGCAUCAUGCACUUGUGGCACUUUCCACCCAUGCAGUGAAGUUGCUAUAGGGCUGCAAGGACCGAUAUCCAAUUCUUCCACCGCCGAGAUCGUUGGCCGGAGCGAGAAUCCCAAUAUCCCGCAACACUGUGAUAGUUCGCCGGAGCGAGAAAGAAGCUCGAUUCACCGGCGAUGUUCCUGUCGGGCAAUGCCAACACUCUUGCUGUAGCGGUGGAGAUCCUGUCUCUGUGCUUGGUGUUGAUUUUGGCCGAUGCACGGGACGAGAAUCAUGUGUUUCAGCCCUGCGAGGACGCGAAGAUCCAGCGAUGGGAUGGGUUUACGUUUGGCCUGGCAUUCUCAGAUCGUGAUUCUUUUUUCUUCAAUGGUACUCAGCUGUCGCCCUGCGACAGUCGCCUAUCUCUCGCCAACAAGGGCGCGCAGCUGGCCGUGUUUCGUCCUAAGGUUGAUGAGAUUUCUCUUCUUACCAUCAAUACCACCACCUCGUUUGCUCCGUUCACUAGUGGCGGGUUGAUGGUAGCAUUUGCUGGGAGGAAGUACGCAGCAAGGUCCCUUCCCAUUUUUGUUGGUAACGGUUCGUAUGUGGUGACGAGCUUCACUAUGGUCAUGGAAUUCCAAAAGGGCACCCUUCAAAACCUAUUUUGGAAGCGCGAUGGUUGUUCUUCAUGCUCCGGAAAGUCCAAUUUUGUUUGUCUCAACAAUCAGGACUGUGCAAUCAAAGCAUCUAGCUGCAAAGGUGAGGGACAAGGUGGCUCCGUCGAUUGCAGCAUCGGAAUUCAGCUCGCUUUCUCGGGCACGGACAAGCACUAUGCAGUUCUUAAUUCGUGGUACGAGGUCUCGAAUCUUCGUCAAUAUUCUCUUUACGGACUUUACUCGAAUCUCAAGGAUUCUCUCACAAGCCAAUAUGACAAAAUCUUUUAGAACCAUCAAUGUUUUUGAUGUUUUCAUAGAACACCUUAUGUUAACUUCUCCCUCCACAACUUGUAUUUGUUUAGAUGAGUGUGAUUUUGUACUUUAAAAUGUACUCUUGUUUACUAAUUAUUCUGCUUUGACAUAUUUGAGUCCA